UCAGACUGCCAUAUAAUUGAAGGUCGAUUUGAAUCACCUUUUGAGAAGCAUCUUCCAGGGAUAAUGCCGGAUAAAACCAAGACAGCUUACUUUCAAAUAGUCUUACCACCUAAAUGGAGUUCUCACAAGAUAAAGCCAAUUUGUCUACACCUUGCAGGAACAGGCGAUCACUUUUUUUGGCGACGUAGAAAUCUUAUUGCUAAACCAUUGCUGAAAGAGACUGGAAUAGCAUCGAUACUAUUGGAAAAUCCUUUUUAUGGAUUGAGAAAGCCAGAUGAUCAAAUACGUUCCAGUUUGCACAAUGUGUGUGACAUAUUCAUUAUGGGUGGCUGUCUAAUAAUGGAAUCAAUUGUUUUAUUAAAUUGGUGCGAACAACAAGGAUUUAAUCCAUUAGGUCUUACUGGCUUAUCGAUGGGUGGACAUAUGGCAUCUUUAGCAGCUACUAACUGGCCGAAACCAAUUUCAUUAGUACCUUGUCUGUCAUGGUCAACUGCUUCACCCGUGUUUACGGAAGGAGUAAUGAGUGCAUCGAUAAACUGGGCACUUUUAGAAACGCAAUAUUUUUCGGAUAAAGUCUACCAAAAUGAUCUCGCGAAAAUGGUGAAAAUUGUUGAUCACGAUGAUGCUUUCUUAGCUGGCCAACAUUUUGCAAAACAUUAUCCUGCGAGCAUGAAGAGAGUAGAUAAGUUGAGAAAAGAAUCUAAAGAAAACAAUAACGAAGACAAUAAUAUUACAAGUGUUGCAAUUAUAAGUACAAAUUCUACCGACAAUAGUGACAUUUUCACCAAAUACGAGUCUAAAAAUGAGAGCAGCCAAUUGCAGCGUCAGAUUGCAGAAGAGAAAGCAGCAGCCAAAAUAUUUCCCUUAAAUCUCAUCUCCAACAGAUUUAAACCAAAAGAUCCUAAUGCUCUUAAAGGAGUUUGCCUAUUACCAGUGCCGAAACAUCCACUGUUUUCAGACAAUAAGUGGCGUGAACACGAAGCAUUGCAAUUUAUGCGUGGCAUAAUGGAUGAGUGCACUCAUUUGAAAAAUUUUGAAGUACCUGUCGAUACCGAGUUAAUUAUUGCCGUUUGUGCCAAGAAUGAUGCUUAUGUACCGCGAGAUCACUGCAUGAGUCUGGAAACGAUAUGGCCGGGAGCUGAAGUUCGUUACAUCGAUGCUGGACAUGUCAGUGCGUACCUUCUUCAUCAAAAAGUUUUCAGAUCGACAAUAGCGGAAUGUAUUCAACGAUCAUUGAAGAAGUAUCCUGUUGAGGUCAGUAGAUGACUUUGUCAUUUCACCAUAAUUGAUGUACAUUAUUGAGAGAAUUAUUUAAAAUUUAAUUAGAAACGGAAUAUUUCCCGAGUUUGUGCUCAACAUUAUUUUUCUACACUUAUCUCUGUGUGCACAAACGUAAUUUAUCUUUAAAUUAACGUUGUAACUAUUUAGUACAAAAAAGUACAAUUGUUCCAGUCAAUUUAACCGAGUAUAAUAAUUGAUGUUUAUUGAUACAUAGAGUGAGCUAGCUGCCAAUAAAAGUGUUCCUACAUUAAAUAAACAAUAUAUCUAAAACAAUAGAUUUUUAUAGACAUGUACACGGGACGUACACACAUGUGUACAUGAGAUUUCAUUUUAAUUCAAAUAAUUAAGCAGAAAAUUAUGAAGAAAAAACAUUACUAGAUAAAAUUACUAAAUAAUUACGCUUUCAUAGAAGAAUAUAAAAGUUUAAACUCUCUUUUUUGAACUCUCAAACUUUAGUUUAAACUUAUUUUUUCAAAAUCAUUUCAUUUUUUAUCUUUUUAAAUAAAAUGACAAAUUAUUGUAUACAUGUAACACAAUUUUCCACAAUAUUCUGUACGUGGAAACAUAAUCAUGUAAGGUUAUUCAUAUAAAAAUUUUAUGAGAUACU